AUGGGAGCAGGCCAGGCUCCCAGUGAGGCUGUGCUGGGCCCUGCAUACAAGGUGGUCUCCGUCUUCCUGGUGCUGCUCCUCGUGUGUGUGGUGGGCAUCACAGGCAAUGCCAUGGUGGUCCUGGUGGUGCUGACCACCCGGGACAUGCACAAGCCCACCAGCUGCUACAUGGUCAGCCUGGCCCUGGCAGACCUCACCGUGCUGGUGGCUGCAGGGCACCAUGUCUCUGAGAGCUUGGCUGGGCAGUGGGUGUAUGGCCGCAGCUGCCUGGGCGUCACCUAUUUGCAGUAUCUGGGCAUCAAUGCCUCCUCCUGCUCCAUCUUGGCACUCACGGUGGAGAGGUACAGCGCCAUCUGCAACCCGAUGCGGGCACAGACCAUGUGCACCAUGGCACUGGCCAAGCGAGUCGCGGUGGGCGUCUGGGGGACCACGUCCAUGUACUGCCUGCUCUGGUUCUUCCUGGUGGACCUGGAUGCUGGCGGGUGCCGGGGCCUGCAGUGCAGCUACUGGGUGGCCCGCAGCCUGUACCUGCCCAUCUACCUGCUGGACUUCACAGUCUUCUUCCUCACACUCUUACUGGCAGCCACAGUGCUCUAUGGACUUAUCGCAAGGAUCUUAUUCCAGAGCGCCCUGGAGCACCUGCCACAGCUUGGGGACCAGCGCAGGGACAGUGAGGCCCAGCCGGAGGCAAGAGCCCUGGGGAGACGGCCCUGUGACCCAGGCAGGGGUGUGGGGGCCAGCUGCUGCGAGGCCAGAGGCUUCCCUUCAUCCAGGAAGCAGGUGUCUCUGGGCACCGAUUGUGUGCCCGGUGAGGUUCUAGGUGCUGGAAGCUGGGGUGAACAGAACAAGAUAAACAUCCUGCCUUUGGGGCUCAUGCUGUCACCCACGCGGCCCUCCCGCCCGCGGGCCACCACGAUGCUGGUGGUGGUCGUGCUGCUCUUUGCCGUCCUGUGGAUACCCUACCAAACGCUGGUGCUGCUCAGCUCCUUUGUGGCCCAGCCCUUCCUGGACCCGUGGGUGCUCCUCUUCUGUCUCAUCUGUGCGUGUGCCAACAGUGCCAUCCACCCCAUCAUUUACAGCCUCAUGUCCCAGAAGUUCCAGGCGGCCUUCCGGCGGCUGUGCCAAUGCAGGGCAAAGGGACCACAGAGGCUCGCGGCCGGCCUCAGCACCGCCAGCUACAGUGUGGUCCGAGAGACCCCCCAGAAGGCGCAGACCCGCGGGAGCGAGCUGUCCUGGCAGGCCCCGCGCUCCCUGCGUCCGCCUGCGGGUCUCAGGCACCUCUCGGCCUGCACGGUGGCCGUCGGUGAUCACAGGGCUGCUCGGAGCCAGCGGCUCUUAGGGGAUGACCCAGGAACUCCUGAAGUCGCCAUCGGGCAGAUGCACAGCACUUUGUCCUCCUCCUACUCCAGACAGCUUCAGACCUGCCGCCCAAGGCGUCUGGAGCUGCCACUGGUCCUUCUGUGUGUCUUUGGGAGGCUCCUGUCCUCCUGA